ACGUAACACAAGAUGUUCGACCUCCGAUAUUACCUCGCUAAAAAAGAUGUCUUCUGGAAAGCGUAGACUUAUUCAUAAACCAAUUGAAAUAGAACCCAUACCAAUGGCUCCUCUUGAUUCUGAUGAUGAAAAUCAUAUUCACGAGGUUGUUGUAGACGCCACCAAAGGCGUAUCCAAAGAUUACGUUGACCAUGGUGACCAAUCUCUUACGUGUGGUUUAUGCUUUGCAAAGUUAUGGGCUACCGAAGGUGGAAAGGGUCGCAUUGCACUUCAAAAACAAACAUAUAGCUUAUGUUGUGGAUAUGGUAAAGUUGACUUGCCUGAAUAUAAAGAUUCUCAUCCAUCUUAUCAGAUGCUUUUUCGCUCUUUAGAUCAAGAAAGCAAGUUUUUCUUAAAGAAUAUAAGACGUUACAAUUCUAUGUUUUCCUUUACUUCAAUGGGAGGAAAAGUAGAUACUAAAAUAAACAAAGGAAAUGCUCCAUAUGUUUAUAGAAUCAGUGGUCAGAAUGCACAUAGUAUGGGUAGUCUUCUUCCUAAGGACGGAGCCCAGCCAAAAUUCUCACAACUUUAUAUCUAUGAUACUGAGAAUGAGCUUGCUAAUAGAGAGUUGUUAUUUGGUGAUUCUACAAGCAAAGCAUCUUUAAGGGCAAAGGAACUUGAUGCUAAAUUUAUAAAGUUUCUUACCAACAUGUUAGAUUCUACCAAUAUGCUGGUAAAAACUUACAGAAUGGUACGCGACCACCUCCAUGAGAAUCCUAACGUUUCCCUUAGGCUACGGAUAAUCUCACAGAGAGAUCGUGACGGAAGGACAUACAAUUUACCUACGUGUUCUGAAGUUGCUGCUUUAAUAGUUGAUGAACCUGAUCUCAAGAUAGAAAGUCGUGAUAUUAUUGUCGAAAAGCGUUCAGGAGUCCUUAAGCGUAUUAGCGAGUUACAUCCUUCUUACCUUGCUCUCCAGUAUCCAAUUCUUUUUCCGUACGGAGACGAUGGCUAUAGGAUUAAUAUUCCUCAUAGGGAUUUUGGUCCUAACACAAAGAAGACAAGACCAACUUGCACUAUGAGGGAAUUUUUUUCUUAUAGAAUUCAGGAUAGACAUAACAAGUUUUCUAUAAUUCUUAAUGCAAGAAGGUUGUUUCAGCAGUUUUUAGUCGAUGCCUGCACAAUGAUUGAAAGUGAGAGGCUCAACUUCAUACGUUUUCAGCAAAUCAAACUGAGAUCUGACUCGCUUAACAGUCUUAAAAAUGUUCAAGAGGUUGGUCAGAGUGAUUUGAGUCAUACAGGACAACCUGUUAUAUUACCGUCAUCGUUUACUGGUGGUUCUUGA